CCUCGACGCUGGAGCAGGGUGGCGGCCUGGGCGGGGCCUGAGCCGCGAGUGCGGGCGCGGGGCGGGCGUGAGCGGGGCACGGCUGUGGCUAGGCAGCCCUAGGUGCGGGGGCGUCCCUUGCGCUUCCACCUGCGCCACCUCUACCCGCUUUUCUUGGCAACUUUAUCGCCCCCCGUUGCGGACAUCUCGUCUGGUCAGUGGAGUCCAGACCUGUGGUUAAAUAGAAAACUCGAGCUGGACGAGGAGGCGGAGGAGGAGGGAGCGCGUCGGAGCCCGGUCCAGGGUGAGAAUCUCAUUGAGGCAGUGGUGGCUUCUUGGACAUUUUUCGUGGCUGUUCUCCACCCAGGUUUCCAUACCUGGAUUGUCAAUGAGGAUUCAUCUUCCCCAAUGGCAGUAAAACUUGUUUUCUGGGGGUCAAGGUCUCAUGGACUAAUUGGCACUUUUUCAGCAGGCCCCUACCAGAGAAAUCAUCCUGCUAUAUAAUGAAGUUUGGUUUUAAAACUGCCCUGAAAAUGAUUAAAAGCAGUGUCGAAGUGUGACAGAAUCAGGGGGCGACACACUGCGGAAGAAUUUCCUAUUCAUCCCAUAGCAAUUGGAGGAAGCCCCUUUCCGUCCAGGAGGACUGCAUGGUGAGAAGCCCCCACUGACAGUGGAAGAUGAGUGUCCCAUUGGCUCCUAAGAAAUCAUGUUACACUCAGUUGCAGGACAACAGAAAGGGGGCGAAAAAUAAUAAUGAGAGUCUCCUAUCUCUGGGUGAUACAAAUGCCAAUCAAAUCAUGGUGGAAGUCAGUCCAUCUCGUGAUGAGUCUCAGACAUGUGACCUGACAGACGGGACUGGAAAUGCAAAUUCACGUGCGCCAGAAAAUAGUACCCAUCUCCAUAAAGAAUUUCACCAACUUCAGGGCAUUGGGAAGGUGUUACAGGCUGGCUCCAGCAGCCUGAAAGAUUUUAAAUUCUCUUCGACUGUUCGUGGGGAAUUAAAUGAAGAGCACACAGUGCAGAGAGGCACAGCUCUCUUGCAGACCUCGUGGAGUAUCCAGGGACCAAGUCUGGCAGGCUGGAGGAAUGCUAUGGGUGAGGCCAGUCCAGAUGUUUUGACUUCAAGGGACACUGAAAUUCUCCGGCAUACUCCCAAGGAUAAAUUGGCAAAAACCCUUGACAAUGAGGAAUUGCGAAGGCAUGCUUUAGAGAGGGUGAGCAGCUCUGCUGUUGCAGUGGACAUGCUCACGAAGGAGCGUGCUGGGAGCCUGGCUCCACAGCCUCCACAGACUGCCCCACUGGACUCCCCUGAAGCCCUGGGUCAUGUGCCCAAGGGUGGUGAGGGGCCACAGAAGACAGUGACAACCCACCUCCCAGAGAGAGCUUUUCCUCCAGUGGACAUCAUCUCAGAGGGAAAGAUUGUGUGUCAUCCUAAACCAUCUACCUCAGAAACCAAGGGGACCACCUGUUUAGCACUGCAGCUGGAAUGGGGACAUGCACCAGGAGUUAGCGAUGAGAGCACCCCAUGUUUUGCCCAUCCACAGUGUGCUCUGACUUCAACAUGCAAGGAAGUCCCAAGUAAGCCAGAAGCACACUUAGGUCAGGAAAAGUGGGAGCCUCGGCUGGAGCUGGAAUCUGUCCCACCCUGGGCCAUGCAGGAAUUAACGUCAGCCCGGGCUGAGUGUCUGAGAUGUCCCACAGAAGACGGUGUGUUACUCCAAGAGAUAAAGGAACCAGGUGGGGAAGCACAGCAAGAAGCCACCACCAGGACAGCCAGCGGUCUGCCCCAGAGCGGCGUCCACCCACUCGGUGGGGCAGGAGGCAGGAGUGUGCAGGACACGAGCAUCAUCCACAUGGGUGAGCAGGGUUCUCUUCAGAGCACCCCCAGACCUGGCCCUGCUUCCUUGCGAGCUGCUGCUAAUCAGCCCUCUGGCAGAAUUUCACCAAGCACAACUAAGAAACUGGGUGAAACUUCACUCAGCAGCAUUUCACCAGGUGAUGGUCAUGUGGUUUUUAUUCCUAAUGCCCCACCUGACAGCAGGCCCCCAGAUGUUAGUGAGGAGAAAGGGGUACUGAGCAGUGGGAGCAGGGACAGGGCUACAGAUUUUACUUCAGAUCCUUCUGUUAGGAAGAGCAAAACUGGGGUCCCCGAGCCCCUUAACCCUCAAAGCAGCAGCUCAGAAGCAGGGGAAAACAAAGAGGUCACUACAUGUGUUGCUGAAAAUAGGAACCUUCUAGGAAAUUCAGUUAAAACUGAAAGUUCCUCAGCAAGAACAGAUUGUCUUCCCAGCAUCCCAACCCCUGUACAACCAGAGACAACUCUGAAUGUGACCCACCAGCCAGUACUACCCAGUACCAGUUUUCAAGACUUGAGUGUGUUGGGUGCAGAUGUGGGGUUACCUUCAGCUGCCCCACCUCCCACUGACAGCUUGUGGUUGUUGAGCACUUCCCCGGAAGUGCCUGAUAAGAACGCCUGCCCCAGUGUGAUUCCCAAGUCUGUCUCCACACAUUCUGAGGAUUCACAUUCUGCACAGAAGGGACUGGAGAACCACCAGGUUGAAAAAACAGAAGAAAAGACAGAACCCAAGCCCAUCAUUUUGCCCAAGCCCAAGCAUGUGAGGCCCAAGAUCAUCACCUACAUCAGGAGGAGUCCACAGGCCCUUGGCCAGGUGGACACUUCGCUGGUCCCAGUGGGGCUUCCUUAUGCUCCGCCUACAUGUAACGCACCUCUUCCCAAAGAGGAGAAGGUGGCAGGAGGUGACCUGAAACCAGCUGCCAGCCUCUACGAGAAGUUCAGGCCAGACUUGCAGAAGCCACGGGUCUUCAGUCCUGGGCUGAUGGUAUCUGGGAUCAAACCCCCAGGGCACCACUUCAGUCAAAUCAGUGAAAAGUUUUUGCAGGAGGUCACUGAAUGCCCUGGAAAAGAAGAAUUUUGUCCUCCUCCCUAUGCACAGUAUGAAGUUCCUCCCAGUUUCUACCGCUCUGCCAUGCUCCUUAAGCCCCAGUUAGGAUUGGGCGCAAUGUCCCGUUUACCGUCUGCAAAGAGCAGGAUCCUGAUUGCAAGUCAGAGGUCUUCAGCAAGUGCCAUCCACACACCAGGACCCAUAGCAACAGCUGCCAGUCUCUACAAUUCUGAUCCUGCAGAUUUAAAGAAAGCUUCCAGUUCAAAUGCUGCCAAAUCCGGUCUACAGAAAUCUGGACUUCGGCCUCCUGGGUACUCACGUCUUCCCGCGGCCAAACUGGCAGCAUUUGGCUUCAUGCGGAGCUCCAGCGUGUCUUCGGUCUCCAGCACUCAGUCUGUGGACAGCGCACAAUCUGAGCAGAACAGGCUAGCCAACCGUUCAACCUUGGGGAAUGAAGACCAGCCAGCCCUGAAGACAACUCUGCCUUCCAAAGACGCACCCAAGGGAGCUGGCCGGGUGGCCCCACCGGUGUCCUCAAGUGUGACAACACCCCGCAGGAGUUUGCUCCCAGCACCAAAAUCUGUGUCCACACCCACCGGAACAAAGAAAGAACUACAAAAAGAUCAAGAUGCUAAUAAGCCUGCUGUUUCAUCCCCGAAGAGAGUGGCAGCUUCAACCACCAAGCUUCACUCGCCAGGACACCCCAAGCAGAGGAGCACAGCUCCCCGGAAUGGGUUUUCCCCCAAGCCGGACCUGCAGGCCCGUGAGGCGGAACGGCAGCUGGUUCAGCGGCUCAAGGAGAGGAGUGAGCAGCAGGCCAGGCAGCUGGGCCUCCUGCAGGCGGAGCUGAGAAGGGCUGUCCGUGGCUUCCAGGCGCUCGCAGUGUCCACUCAGCACUUCUUUGGGAAGAGUGAAAGUGCCCUUGUGAAAGGAAAGGAGCUGUCAAUCGAACUUGCAAACAUCAGGGAUGAAGUUGCCUUCAACACAGCCAGGUGUGAGAAACUACAGAAGGAGAAGGAGGAUCUGGAGAGGAGGUUUGAAGACGAGGUGAGGAAGUUGGGCUGGCAGCAGCAGGCCGAGCUCCAGGACCUGCAGGGCCGGCUGCAGCUGCAGUUCCAGGUGGAGGUGACACGGCUUCAGGAGGAGCACAGUGCCCAGCUGCUGCGGAUCCAGCGCCAGCAUCAGGAGCAGGUAGAAGAUAUCACCGCCAGCCAUGAGGCUGCCCUCCUAGACAUGGAAAAUAACCACACAGUGGCCAUCGCAAUCCUGCAAGAUGACCACGACCACAAAGUCCAAGAACUGAUGUCUACCCAUGAGCUUGAAAAGAAAGAAUUGGAAGACAAUUUUGAAAAGCUGCGGCUGUCCUUACAGGACCAGGUGGACACACUGACCUUCCAGAGCCAGUCUCUGCGGGACCGAGCCAGACGCUUUGAGGAGGCUUUGAGGAAGAACACUGAAGAGCAGCUGGAGGUUGCACUGGCUCCCUAUCAGCACUUGGAAGAAGACAUGAAGAGUCUGAAGCAGGUCUUAGAGAUGAAGAAUCAGCAAAUACACCAGCAGGAAAAGAAAAUCAUUGAGCUGGAAAAGCUGGCAGAAAAGAACAUUCUCUUGGAGGAGAAGAUCCAAGUACUCCAGCAGCAGAAUGAAGAUCUCAAAGCAAGGAUUGACCAGAAUACCGUGGUCACAAGACAGCUGUCGGAGGAAAAUGCUAAUCUCCAGGAGUAUGUGGAGAAAGAGACCCAGGAAAAGAAGAGGUUGAGCCGGACCAAUGAAGAGCUGCUCUGGAAGCUCCAAACUGGGGACCCAACCAGCCCAGUUAAGCUCUCCCCCACAUCCCCUAUUUACCGCAGCUCCUCCUCCGGGCCCUCCUCACCUGCCAGAGUCAGCACGACGCCCAGAUGAUGCCACCACACAGCCCUCCAGAGCUGCGCCUCCUCCUGCACCCUGUGCUUCCACCUGAAGGGAGCCUUGACCAGCGCCUCCCACCGCGAGUCCUGCGCGCAUGCUCAGUAGCUGCAGAGCAGCACCCUCGGAGUCCUCCGACCCUGGUGUGAGACUGUCCUGGUACUGACACUUAGGAAGGUGUUGACCGUAGUUAGAGCCAAAAGAAAGAAAUGCCCACUGCUCCCGAAUGAUGAAUUUCACUGCAGAAUUCCAGGUUAGUGACAAAUAGCUCGGUUUGAAAUCUACGCUGCAUAAUCAUUGUGCACUGCACCAUUGUGUGGGGAUCUCUAGACGUACGUAUUUGCACAUGCAAUGGUUCUGAAUUUCAUUUUUUAUAACAUGAGAUGCUGACAUAUUUUGGUGAAGGUCAGCAGUUUUCUAACUUGUGCCUAAGAAUAAUUGGGAAAUGAAAAUGCAUUUCUAUCUAGCUUUCCAAGAAUAUUUCUACCCAAAAUAGAAAAAGGAAAAAAAAAGAUACAGAGAAGCGCCUUUCAACCUGCCACCAAGUGGUACUGUAUUUAACACAAACACCAGCGACUUGUGAACGGUAGCUGCCUUUGGAACGAUCACAAUCAGCUUCUCGGUCAGCAUGCUAUGAAGUCACCAUUAUUCCAUUCGCAGGUUUUAAUCGCUAAUGCUCCUGUCAUGAGUGGGGAAGGGAGAGAGCAGUGGGGAACCCUGUGGGGUUUAGCAGCUUUUCGGACGUCACUCAUGACAGUGUAUCAUCUACAGUCUUGUAAACACAAGUUUUGCUUUUUCCCAAAUGGCAUCUUGGAAUCUGUCAUUCAGCUGUUGCACCCUUGGGAAAAUAUGGAAGAGUGUGCCCUUCUGGACUGAGGGUGAGGAUGGCCUUGCAGUUGACAGAGACCAUUUGCCCUCUGGCCUCAAGAUAGACUGAUGGGGUGUGUACUUUGACCAAUCACAGAGUAGGGAAGCUCUGGCCUUCUAUGUGAUUUGCUCCGAUCUGAUGCUGCAAAGGGUCCCCCACCGCUGUGACCUUCAGGGCCCCAUUUCAUAGUAACCUCCCCUCCAGUUCAGUCCAACAGCUCAGGCCCAUCACUGUACCUGGAGAUGGCUCAGGGGUUCUAGCAGGGGCUUCCAGAAAACUAGUUCUUCCAUCGUGGGGGACCAGUUCCACACUGUGCUAGACCAUCCUGUGAUCUCCCAGGAACCCAGGGGUAUUUUCUGCAGGAUCACGAGCAGUGCCACAGCCGACAGUGGUCCGAUCUUAGACCAGGAGGCUCUUCCACACGGAGGAGCCCGUCGAAGCAGCCAGCCAGUGGGCACUGGCUACUGGACUGGCAUCUGUCUCUGAAAUGAUAGAAUUAGAAUGCGAAAGGCAUUCCUGUAGUGCUGUGGAAGGUUAGGAGCAUGACACCCAAAAGAGAAGUAGUUUUAACAGUUGAUAUGGUGAUGAUAAUGACGCCUUUGUUUCUUGUUUGUGACAGAGACCCUGUGCUUUCCUCCCUAAGGCCCCUGGAAAUUGUCCUGAGCACAGGGCUAUCUUUGAACACGACCAAGGCAAGUAGCCCCAUGCAGGGACACCCAUGGUGGAGAAGAGAUGGUCCAUGGAAGGAAAGGGUUGGCUUGCUGAGGGUCCUGCCUGCUUGGCCGGCAUGAAGACAGACCUGGUCUGUGUUCCCUGCCUGAGUCAAGGUUGGGCUUUGUGGCCUCAGGUCCACCUCAUUUCUAGGAAACCUCCAAGGGUCUUUUCCCAUCCCAGGGACGUGCACAGUAGGUAGUCAUUAAAGAAACAUUUCUCUUUACCUUUUGUGCUCUGCAUGAUGCUGUGAUAUUGAGUUGGGCAGUCCGUUAGAUUAGAUCAUGCCACACUGACAAAGUACACAGUUAUGUCUUCUGUUAGUGGCACCACCUGCAAACACAGGUUCCGUGGUAGCUCAGCUCUUCACCUUAGGAACUGCGCCCAUAAGGGCAUCUGCUAAAUGCAGUUACACAGCAAUACAGAAUUCAGUGUUUUGUUAGGAUGUGCUACAGUGUGUUAGCCUAAUGUGGUCACAGGUGUAGUGAUGUUGGCACUAAGCAAUCCCUCACCAGGUGGACUGGAACUCUGCGUGACCGGCUCUCACCUUGGGCACUUGCACUUAUUCCUCCAUUGCCAUGGAUCCAUCCCUUCAUCAUGGACACCCACCACGUCUGGCUCUUAUCCUGGACCACGAGGGGUGGCGGCUGUGGUGCCCCUCUUGCCACUCCACCCACGCGCCAUUAGGACGUGGACCUCUCUCAACGUGGAAGUCCUGUCAUCCACCUCCCAGGCUGGAGCUGUUUCCACAUACGGAUGCUGCAGCCCCCCGCCUGCCUCAGACAAACCCACCAAACCUCACCAACCUCUUCUUGGCAUUUGAGAGUUGAGUUGGUGCUCUUCCCGCCCCCCGGUGCCCACAGCUGGGGCAGGGUUCUGGCUGGGUGUCAGAGUGGGAGAAGGGCUGGUCAGCUGGCACACUGAGUAUGACUGUUUGAACGGGGUCACACAUUUCUUACCCGGCCCCAGCACUUCCUGUGUUGCAUCUUUGUGUUGAAGCAUAUUAAAAUUAAUUUGAAGGAG